CUCGAUUCGUGGCAUUGAAAAGCGUCCUCAAAAUGUCUCAAUCUCCGUCUCUCAGAACCCGUCUUGGCACCUUCACCGGCGUGGAGCUCUCUCCUCGUCUCCACCAAUACCGCGCCAUCCCCUACGGCAGGGUACCGCGUCGUUUUGCCCGUUCGGUACCGUUGGAUGAGAAAGAUUAUGCCCGGAAAGAGGAUAGGACGAAGUUUGGACCGAGUAGUGUUCAGCCAAGAGAGAAGGUGAAGAAUGAUGCCAAGUCGAAUCAUCUCCCGACCGAAGGCUUGCCGGAUGAUUGGGAGCAAUCUGAGGCUUGUUUGCAUAUGACUAUCACUAAACCUGUUGAACUUACAUCUGAGGGCAAGUUGCCAGUGGUCGUCUUCAUCCAUGGUGGAGCAUUCUUCGUGGGUGCUGGUGAUCGUCCAUACUAUAAUCAUCACCACUUCUGCGAGAAGGCUCUGGAUGCUGACAAGCCACUCAUCUUCGUAGCCAUCAACUAUCGACUCGGAGCAUUGGGUUUCUGGGCUUUUCCUGAAGCGGAAGAUCUCGUUCCACCGAACAACGGACUCCAUGACCAGAAGCUUGCUCUGAGAUGGGUGAAAGCCAACAUCGCAGAUUUCGGAGGUGACCCGGAAAACGUCACCGUUAUGGGCCAGAGUGCGGGUGGAACGAGUAUCAGUUUAUGCAACAUCAGCGAUGAGAAGGAGAAGCUGUGGAGGAGGAGUAUCACGCUUAGUGGGAGUAUUGUCACGAUGCCGACGUUGUCUCGUGAUGACCACUCACAAAACUUCCGUGACCAGGCAAAGGAACUCGGGUUCGAUGCGAAACUUCCGGCGAAGGAGUUGGCGGAGAAGAUCAUUGGUGCCGAUGUCGACAAGAUUAGGGAGCUUGGCUGGGUUGGUGCGCCGUGUGAAGAUAGUGAACACGUUCCAUAUGUUCCCAGUAUUUACGCGCAGAAGAAGAGAAGUACUGUGGACUGGUUGGAGGAGCAGGUUGUGGGGAGUUGCACGUAUGACGGGGGCAUUUCUUACAUGAUCACGUCUGAGGGUGACAGGAAGGACCACGCGAAGCAUUUCAUUGACAUCGUCAAUGAUGGUCUCGCAAGCCUUACUAAGUUACUUGAGUUGUAUGACAUCAAGGAAGGUAUGAGCGAUGACGAUGCAUUGGAGUGUAUCUGCCAGUUUGAAAGCGAUAUUGGGUUCCUUCAGUCCUCUAUCGCCCAAGCGGAUGGUGCUCCUGACAAGACGUUCUUCCACAUCUUCAACGUUGGCAACCCGUUCGACGGUCCUCUCAAGGGAAAGACAACUCACACACUCGAUAUUGUUCUGCUUCUUGGUGCAUUCAAUCAUCUCAUCCCCGACAAUCUUAAAUCUUCCGUGGACGAAUAUCGUAAGAAGCUUCUCGCGCAUGUUUAUGGCGAGCAGCCAUGGGAUGGAUACGAUCAGGGCAAAAUUAUGGUUGUUGAGGAUGAUGGUUGCAAGGUUAAGAAUCGUGCAGAGGCAGUUGGGGAAAGAAUCCAGAAGUUGGUGGAGAUUGCGAAGGAAGAAGGUGGGGAGCAUGGGUAUGACAAGUUGUGGAAGACAUGCCGCAAGUGGUUGAUGAGCUAUGAGUAGGCUCAGCAUGAUGGUAAAAAGCCAUACGAACAUGAAACAUGUACAGGUAGCGUUCUUCAGCCCGUGAG